AUGCUGAGGAAAAAGAUUUCCAAGGCAUGCCAGGAAUGUCGAGCUCGGAAGGUUCGGUGUGAUGGAUUGAACCCAUGCACCCCAUGUCAGCAGCGCAAUACGGCUUGUGUCUUUCGGGAGCGAGCUCGAGUGCGUCGAGGGGCCACUGACUCCCCCUCAGACGAGAAACUGGAGCAGCAUCCGGGUGAUCAACCGGCUGUAGUGGAGCUUCACAGCACGGAGAGGCAGCGGCAUCAGCCGUCCGACGUUUACAAGGAUGUCCACAAGAGUGUGUCUGCGCGACAACGCUCUCCGUCUGGCUCUGUAGAAUUGUACUAUGGGCCGACCUCUGACUUCUCGCUGCUGCAACACCUUUACCACACCCUCUACCUCAGUUCGGCCAGUGACCAUAACCGGAACCAACAGGAAGAGGUUGGUCAAGGGCUGGACUUUUUCCGCGUCCGCCAUAUCUUCUUCGGGCAGAGUUCCAUGCGGUCCGCAGCUGACGCGUCUGUGCCAGUCAACAGACCUCUGCCCCCGCCACAUAUUGCGCACACUCUGUUGAACCAAUUCCUAGCAACGCAUUACAACAUAGUACCGUUCUUUCCAAAAACCAGAUAUGACCAACUGCUAAAGGCCCUGUAUGCUACCGAUCAUGGAACUACCCAAUUUAGCGAGGUGCAGCAAAAUAUCUGCAUCAUGGCUAUGGCUACUGCUGCAGCAAACACGGAGCAUUUCGAGCUCGGCGUGGGACUGGCCGAAUACGUGGAAGGCCAGCGCUCAAAGAUGCAGUACGUCGUCAGCUUGGAAUGUAUCCAACUGGGGAUUCUGAUGAUAAGAAGUCUCCACGCCAUGUUCAAUUUGGAGUAUGCCCAGUCCAAUAUCGCAUACAUGAUCAUCGGUGACACCUCUCGCAAGGCCUUUGCUGCUGGGCUACACCGACAACAAACUCAUCUCAAUGAAGACGAUAGCCUUGAGACCAUGGAACGACAGCAUACCUUCUCGUCCCUGUAUUUCAUGGAAAUAUGGAUAAGCUUCUACCUGGGCCGACCCAGCAUGCUGGAAUACUUCAAUACCAGCCAAGUCCCCCGCCCGCAAGACAUCUUUCUUUCCGCCCUGCUCCAGUUCGCCACGGUGAUGAUGAAGAUAGUGCAUCAGGUCUAUCGCCCGCAAGCCGCUCCUUCUGUCCUGUGGAACUGCGCCAUGGCGGUCGGCAAAGAAAUGGAUGCCCUCCGCGCUAGGGCUCGGGCCGACUUUGGCCUCGAGCUGGAUGCUCCCCGUUCUAGUGAUCCGCGCGGCAUGAGACCCGUCGUCCUAAUCACAUUGUACAAUUUCAUGUCCUUCCUCCUCUUCCGCCCCUUCGUUAUCAUCCGCGGCAAAGUGCAAACCGAGAUCUCCAAGCAGCCAGGCCAUCAACCUCCCCCCGAACUUCCGUCAUGGCUAAACAACGCCUGCAUUAACUGCCUGAACGCCGCCAGGACAAUCGUCAGCUACAUCUGCAAUAUUGCCGCCGACGACCCUCUCCUUCGGGAACUCCGCUUCAACUGCUUCUACCUCGAAAACUGUCUCUUUCUCCUCCUCUACGAUAUGGCCUCUAAUCCCGAAAACCGCACUGCCAACUCCCCGCUUGUCCACCAGGGCCUCCAGUUCCUGACCCGCAUGCGACAAGGAGACCCCGUCUGCAGCUCCAUCGCCACCAUCCGUCGCAUCCUGCAACAUAUGAACCUCGACGUCGGCGCCGAAGAGCUGACCCUGCCCCACGCAGCUCAUUCCCCUCACAACCCAGUGUCCAAUGUCUCGCAUCCACCACCGCAACUGGAGGAGUUGACCAACCCCAUCCCUGUGUAUCCCCAGGGUAGCGCAUGGGCGGAGCAGUCGCAGCAGGCAUUAGACCCCCGGCUAGGCGCCAGCGAUGAUUUCCAGUUCGACCUGGACCUGUCUGCGGCGGAUUUCAAUGUGGAUAUCACGGCAAUCGACUGGGACACGUUUUUUUCGUAUGUACCUAGUUGA